AUGUUGUUAUCAAUUGUAAUCAUAGGUGUUUUACUUGUGGCUAAUAACGUCGAUGCAUUUGUUCGAAGAGAUGUAUCGACGACAACCUCACAGCCCAAAAUACUGGAAUCAUUCCAACGGAAUAUUGAUCAGUUUAGGAACUGCAUUGAUCAAAGUUUGGCUAAAGCAGUAAGUGAGGUCAACGAGAAGCAAUUGGAGCCAGUCUUAGCUGUAGUUGGGGAUCAACUCAAUAGGAUUUCUAAAGCGUUUGAAGUUUUAACGGUACCCAAGACUCCGCCUGAAUAA